ACGCCUGCGACGGUUACGAGUGAAGCGUUGCGAAAAAAAAAAAAAAAGAAUAUGGACGGCCGUGGUUAUAACUCAGGCUUUUCCAGCUGGGGAGGAGGCGGCGGCGGCUCGUCCAGCAGAGGAUCAGGCAGCUAUGACCUGUAUGGGUAUAAGGACCCCAUGCCUGGAGGGGGUGGAUAUGGAGGGGGUGGAUACGGGGGUGGGGGCCAGAUGAAGAGGGGCCUCUCUGGAGGAUCCCUGCUCUCUUCCACUGGAACCAGUGCCGACGCAGUCAUCGCCAAAAUCAACCAGCGUCUGGACAUGUUGACACAGCUGGAGGGAGGCAUGAAAGGAGCGGGCCGCAGUGACAGGUUUGAGCAAUAUGAGUCCUUUGACUCUCACUCCGCCUCACUUGGCCCCCGCGAUCUCUACAGAUCCGGUAGCUAUGGUUACAGCGACUCCCGGGGCGACAUGAUGGCCCAGCGCGGAGGCGUGGGCUUCGGGGCAAUGGGCGGAGCUUCAGGAGGCGGAGUAGGGGGCGGCGGCUUUGACGGCUCCUCCUCUUACGGAUCCGCCAAAAUGCGGCCCGUCCGGGAUGCCUUCGCGGGCUCCGGCUGGGGGGCGGGCCAGAGGUCUCCCCGAAGGGGGGGAGGGUCUGGGGGGCGUGGCUUCGGCCGCAGGCAGGACGCCCCUCCCAUGGGCGGUGGAGCUGGCCGGGGAGGGGGGCAGGGCCACUCCCCAGGUGGGCGAGGGAAGCUCCCGUCUCUCCUGGGCCACCGAAUGUACCCCGAGAGCGGGGCCUUCCAGCCACAGCACGGGCCCCAAGACUUCCCCGUCCGGCACUUUGGAGGGGGCCCAAGGGCCAACCGACAGCGCGGCCGCAAGAGGCCCCUCAACCGACAGGUGAAGCCCCAGCGUGAUGGACAGAAGAAACGGAAGCAGACCCCCUCUGCAGCCGAUGAGCCCGAGUCUAAAAUGGGCAAGACAGAGACGAUUGGAGCAGACAAGACCAAUGACUCGGUAGAGCAGAGUGAGGAGGGAAAAGACACCAGGUCUCCCAGUGCUGCUGCCUCCAAACCUCCUGCCGAGGGAGAGAGUGCUGCUCUGUCCAUCCAGGAGGAGAUUUCUCAGAUGAAGAGGAAGCUGCAGGGAAAACAGACCACGCCCACUGCCCCCAAACUCAGGAAGAGACGAGGCUUCCUGGAAAGGUCAGGGGUCAAAGUUAACGCACAGAGGGUGAUGUUUGCUUGCUCCGUGUGCAAGUUCCGCUCGUUCUACAGCGAAGACAUGGCUGCUCACCUGGAGAGCCGCUUCCACAAAGAGCACUUCAAAUUUCUGUCCAAUCAGCUUUCAAAACCCACCACAGACUUCCUCCAGGAGUACCUGAUAAAUAAGUUCAAGAGGACAGAGGAGAGAACGAAGCAGAUGGAGAAUCUGAGUGCUGCCAUCUGUCAAAUUUAUAAAGAACAGGAUCUGACAAGGGACAUUGGGAUGGAACACUUUAUGAAGAAGGUUGAAGCUGCUCACUGUGCCGCCUGCGAUCUGUUCAUCCCAAUGCAGUACCAUCUGAUUCAAAAACAUCUCAAAUCACCAGACCACAACUACAACCGCAAGGGCAUGAUGGAGCAGUCGAAGAGGUCGAGUCUGUCAGUAGCUCGGAGCAUCCUCAACCACAAGGUCAUUGGCAAGAAACUGGAGAGCUAUCUGAAGGGUGAGAAUCCGUUUACCGGUAACCAAGAUGACCAGGACGCAGAGGAAUCCAUGGUGAUGGAGGUGUCAGAGGUGGAUCUGACCAAUGAGAGCCCUGUAAAGGCAGACCAACAGGAGAAGGCGGAUCCAUCUUCGGAAGAUCCGGCCCAGGCUCCCAAGUCCGAGGGGAAAGAUGGGGGGAGCGAUGAGGCAGAGAUGAUGACGGAAGAGGGGGCCCAUGGGAUAGAGGGAGAGAACGGAGGAGAGGAAGAGGAGGAUGAGGAGGGCAUUGAGCUGGGAGAUGAAGAAGGAGAGGAGGGGCUGGAAGUGGGAGACGGCGAGGAGGAGGAGGAGGGGCACGAGGAGAUCUUGGACGAAGUGUUAGACGGGGAGGAAGCCGAGGAACAGGCAGACGGAGACGGGGAGAAACAGGAGGAGAAAGGCGGCGAUGCCGACCAGGUUGUCAUCGAGUGA